CCUAGCAUGAACCGUCGCGGAUUCGACAGAUGUGACCGCCGCCCCCGACCGGAAGACGGGGCCCAAAGAAGGCCCCCCCGCGAGUCCAAAGAUCUUCCACCAUGAGUGCCACAAGGCUUCCACGACCGCAGCGCUGGCUGGCGCGUUGGGCUCCACAACUGGCGCUGCUGGUGGGCCUCCUGGGCCUUUCUCGACGCAGCUUGGUGCCAGGUCUUGGGCCCAGACACGCCCAGCGGGCCGCUGCGCGCGAAGCCAGCCCGGAUGAGGGCAUGGAUGCCUUCGAUGCGUUGGAUCUCAACAAGGAUGGCGUGAUCUCCAGGGAAGAGUUCUUGCAGGCCCGACGAGCCCCGCCGGACGGCCCCGGUGAUGUCCAGAGGUUGGACGUGCCAUGCUUGGAAGGCGUCGCCGCCGCGGGCGGCCGCGACGGCCGCGACGCGGAGUUCGACUUCGGUGCUGCGCAGACCAUGCCGCUGCGCGGGGUCUUGGGCGGGAGCGUCUAUGCGAAGACGCUGCGAAAGCAGGUGUCUGCAGCGGCCAAAGAGGAAGGCAGCGUGAUUAUCUUCGGAGAGCCCGGAACUAAAAAAGAUAUGUUGGCCUUCCUGAUACACUUUCAAAGGCUCCGCCGCGUCCGCCGCGGCCGCUUGCUCUUCGUGGACAGCGGCACCGUCAGUUCGCUGGGCGUGCGCAUCUUCGGGCGCACGUCUUCGGCGGGGCUCCUGGACUCCGUGCCGGAAGGCACCUUGAUCUUCAACAACGUCCACCGGCUGAACCGUAAGCUGUUGCCCUCGGUGGUGCAGUUGGCGAACAACGGCACGUAUUGGUCCCGCAAAUUCAAAGAGAUGAGGACCAGCAAGCUGAAGGUGAUCCUCAUCUCAGAAGAUCAGUUUGAAGAGCUCAAGUCUUUGUCCUGCACGCGGAUCAAGGUUCCUGCCUUGCGCGUCAGGAGGGCAGAUAUCGAGAGCAUGGUGAAGUACAAGUUGCGGAUUCUAAGCCGCCUCGAGGGGAAGCAGGUGCCGAUGGUCGAGCCACAAGCGCUAAAGAGACUACAGGCCUAUGACUAUCCCAACAAUGUCCAAGAGCUCUUCUCGAUGAUUGAGAAUGCCUGGUGUCACUACACUGACGGAGGUACCUUAACGGCUGAUAUGGUUUGGACCGCGCAAAGCCCUGAGAAGCUCGACAUGUUCAAGGUGAAUCUGUUGGACGUUUAUCCGAGUUUGCGAUCCUUUCUGCAGUCCAACUGGCUGGAACAACUGAAUCAUGGGUUUACCAAAUACGUCUUUGUGGCGCUGAACUUGCUCUUGUGGUUUGGCCCGCAGACGCGGGACGCCAACUUUGGCCUCAACAUCUUCUGGGCCUGGUGGUGGCCCGGCAUUUUGUUGACCUAUCCAGUGCUGGGCCGCUUUUGGUGCGCGGUGUGCCCCUUCAUGAUUUUUGGCGAGGUGGUGCAGCGUGCGCGGGUGGCCGGCGGCGCCCAGUUGCGGAAGUGGCCUCAGGAGGUGGAGCGGUAUGGCGGAUGGUUUCUCUAUGCGCUCUUCCUGGCCAUCCUCAUGUGGGAGGAGCUUUGGGUCCUUGAGGACACGGCUUACUUGUCCUCCUGCCUCCUGCUGCUCAUUACCUUCGGUGCUAUGGUGGGCUCGUACUUCUACGAGCGGCGCAUUUGGUGCCGCCACUUGUGCCCCAUCGGUGGGAUGAAUGGUCUCUAUGCGAAGAUGGCCGUGACCGAGCUCAGAGCACAAAACGGUCAAUGCAAGGCGGUUUGCAACACCUUCCAUUGCUACAAAGGAGGUCCUGAAGAAGGUGAAGGACAGGAGACGGAUGGCUGCCCCUUAUAUUCGCAUCCUGCCAACCUGAAGGACAACAAGAACUGCGUGCUAUGCUUCACGUGUUUGAGAGCCUGUCCUCAUCGCAACGUUCAGUUGAAUCUGCGCGCGCCGGGCGUGGACUUCGGCUUCCCGUUCCUCUUCCCCAUUCCAGGCACCAACAUGGCAGCCCAACACGAGCCAAGCAUGCCGGAGGUGGCACUACUCUUCUUGCUGCUCGGGGCGGUGGUGUGCCACCAUUUGGAGGAUUUGCUGUUGCAGGUGCGUUUGGACCUGCGGUGUUGUCCAGCGCUCUGCUGGCGUUCCCGGGUGGGUGAAUCUCCAGAGCGCUUAGAAAGCUUCAGCUUCCACGCCUUCCUCGCCUUGGCAGCUCUGCUGGCUCCAGGGCUCCUGGCCGCAGCGUUCGAUCAACUGGCACGCCGACUUUGUGCUCUCUUCGAGCCGGACCGGAAGCCGCCCAACGAGUUUGUGAAGUUGGCCUACAGCUAUCUCCCCCUGACUUGGCUGGGUUCAUUGGCGCACUACCUUCAGCUGGGCCUGGUCGAAGCAGGGCAGGUGCUCCCAACUGCAGCGCGCACCGUGGAGUACUUUGUUCGACAACUGCCUGGACAAGAGCAAGCAGACAUGCAGUGGCUACACGAGGUGGAGCAGCGCUUGCCCAGCGUCUCCUUUGCGCCGGAUGUGGUGGCCUUUCUGCAAGGAAUUUGCAUCAUCCUGGCAGCGCUCUUUAGCCUUCAGCUCCUCAACAAGCUGGGUGGCAAGGCACCUUAUAUUUGGAUUCAUCAGUUGGUGAUGCUCGCGUUCAGCUGGGAGCUUUGGCUCCUCCUCGCCUAGGCACCCGCUCCAAAGGUCCGAGCGGGGUGACCGAAAAGGCCGUGCGUCCAACAGACGUUCCAAAUGACUCCAACGGAAGAAGGGACAUAUCACCUUCCCAAGUCGUUUCGUUCGGUGUGGAAAGUCACUGUGUAUAGGGACGCCCUCCAUCCCACGAUUAUUGUAGCAUGUUCUGGUUUCUUCAUGGGUCAUUUGGACCUCAUUGAAUGGAACACUUUUCCUGCAGCACCUGGCACUGCGCAGCGCACUCUGAGAUGUUGCAAGUCUUCACAGACGAAGACAUGGUUUCCAUUGAAGCCGGAAUCACGGCCACCGGAGUUUUUGCUGAGCUGUGGUAAGGAGCUGCAUGAAAA